AUGGUCAGCAAUCAUUAUGAAGGAGGAAAGAUUGGGCUGAAACCUAAACAGAUCAUGGAAAAAGCUAGAAAAGAUCAUGGUGUUGUGAUUUCAUAUUCAAAGGCUUGGAGGUCUCAAGAGCACGGCCAAGAUAUAGCUAGGGGUACUCCUGAUGACAGUUAUGAAGCUUUGCCCAGCUGGUUUCACAUGAUAAAAGAAAAGAAUCCAGGUUCUGUGAUUUUUAUCGAAGUUGAUUCUAUUGGGAAAUUCAAAUACGCAUUUUUGUCGCUUGGUCCAUCUAUCAGAGGGUUUAAGUUGAUGAGGAAGAUACUUUCUGUUGAUGGUGCCCAUCUGAAAGCAAAGUAUAAAGGGACUCUACUUGCUGCCACAGCACAAGAUGGUAAUUUUCACUUGUAUCCUAUAGCUUUUGCUAUAGUUGAUUCUGAGAAUGAUGCCUCAUGGAGUUGGUUUAUGAAAUGUCUGAAAACCAUCAUUCCUGAUGAAGAAGAUUUGGUUUUUGUCUCUGAUCGUGCAACCUCUAUUGAAAACGCUCUUUUACAACAUUAUCCGUUUGCUCACCAUGGAAUCUGCGUCUUUCACUUUGAAAAGAAUGUCCAGGACAAUUUCAAGAGUUCAACACUUGUCCCUUUGGUUGUUGAAGCUGUUUAUGCCUACACCAAGGAUGAUUUUGAUUGCUAUUUUUCAUGA